GUGUAAUGGGACCAGUUAAGUGGAGCCUCGUUCUGGCCGUUGCAGUUGCCCAGUGCGCCGGCAGGAGGCUGCUUCCUUCGCCCGCGCCGCCAGCACAGGACCUGGUGUCUCUUGCCGGUGCGGCCGCGUCCGACCUCCUGCAGGAGGAUGCGUGGGGAGAGAGCGACGACCCGCAAGGCACCCUCAUCCUCCUCUGCGACGGCGGCUCCUCCUCCGCCUCCCCCGCGGCCGCCUUCGCUAGGCUCUUCCAGGAGGUGCUGGGAACAAGGAUGGUCGGAGGACUGGCGGUUCUGGAGCUAAAAUUCGACUCUAUGGACAACGUCACUGAGGAUUCGCUCUUCACCAAGGCUAUUAGGACGGCCAGGCAGGUCCGCCAGAGGUCGUGGGUCGUGCAGGUGCUGGUGGUGAGCGACGACCCCGCCUUCCUGGACGCCUUCGCUCGCUGGUCGCUGCGAGGACGACUUCUGGUGUGGCAGACGAGGCUGGUGGUCGUCACGCGCCUCCCCAAGCACGACCUGCAAGCGCUCCUGGCCAAGCACUGGACGCUCGCCAUGAUGAACGCGCUCGUGCUGAACCUUGGCAACGCUGCGGAUGAGACUUUAGGUGGUCUUUACAUGCACGUUCCCUACAGCGAGUCGGGCGCUAAGUUGAAGCAGCUCGGUUACUGGUCUCCGUCGGGCGGCCUCGCGUUGCUCCCUGGCGCCUCGCUCUAUUACGAUAAAUAUUCUAACUUCCACGGUGCCCCCGUCAACGUGACCGCCCUGCCCUUCGCCCCCUACUGGAGCGUCGAGGAGGGGGAGGGGGCGGCCGGGGGCGCACCCCCCCUCAGCAGCUACUCGGGCACGGACUUCCUCAUGCUGCGCACGAUCGCCGAGGCCCUCAACUUCUCCGUCAACGUGCUGCCGACCGCCGACUGGGGGGAGGUGACGCAGCGCGUGGAGGAGCGCGUCUCCUUCAUGGCGCCCAUCAUCUACGCGGUGCUCCCGGGGCGCCUCGAGCACUACGACUACACCUACGCCUACGAGUACGCCUCCCCGGCCUUCUGCAUGACCAAGCCGGUGCUGAAGCCUCAGUGGCAGAGCCUCUACUACCCUCUCAGCGACCUGGUCUGGCUCUCCGUCCUGGCUGCCUUGGUCAUCGUCCCGCCAACUUUCUUCUUUGUAGGCCGUGUAGAAGGCCUAGGGGCGGGCGGCGACGAGGGCGUAGUGCCACUAGUGUACGGGACGCUCCUCAACCAGAGCAUGAACCACGUGCACCCGAAAGGCAACGGCUCCCGCCUGCUGCUGGGGGCGUGGCUUCUCUUCACCUUCAUCUUGGGCACCGCCUACCGGGGCAACCUCACCGCCGCCCUCACGCUGCCCAAGUACCCCCCUCGCCCCGAGACGCUCCAGGAGCUCGUCAGGGCUGUCAAAAGAGUGACCAUGCCCCCUUACGGCGCCCAGUUCCGCGACUUCUACAAGCAGUCGGACUCCGAGGUGUUCCGCGCCCUGGCAAGGAGCAUGGAGAUCGUCCCCUCGGUGCAGGAGGGUCUUCGGCAGGCCAGCGAAGAGAGACAGGCGCACAUCCAAGCCCGAAGGUUCCUAGAGCUCGUGGUGGCGGAGGAGUUCACGCGGGCGGACGGGUCGACGCGGCUGUACUUCGGGCGGGAGAGCGUGUUCCCCGGCCUCUCCGCCUGGCCCAUCCCGCACGACGCCCCCUACAAGGCCCGCCUCGACCGCUGCAUCAUGGCCGUCAAGGAGGCCGGCCUGUACGAGAAGUGGAGUCGGGACCUGAUGGAGAAAGCCAGGAAGGAAGGUCGGGAGAGACAGCAGAGGAUCCUGCAGGAGAGGCGCAAGCAGAAUGGCCAAGCAGACGGCAAGCAGGACGCCGAGAAGGCACCGGAGCCGAGCGGAAACUCCCCCAAGGCGCUGACGAUCGUCCACCUUCAGGGGCCGCUGAUGCUGGCGGCCUUGGGUCUCGGCGCCGCCAGCGUCACCUUCCUGGGCGAGAUGGCGGCCGCCAGAUGGCUCGGGUCACGUGACCCCUCUCGUCAUUCCAUCUGAUAAAGUUCGAUGAAUUUAAUUUCAGAGCAAAUGUGGAUUAGGAUUGCCAAUAUGACGUACACUAGAAGGACGACGAUGCGAGAUUGUACCACAUGCUAAGCAUUUUGUAAUUUGUUUUUGUUGAAACUGAAUUGAAAACAAAGAUCUGCUACACCCGUGAGUCUUGUUUUUAACCUGUUUUUAUUCAGAAAAAAAAAAAUCUUUUAAACAACCCUGCAGUAACAGAAACGCCACAAAAACGGAUAUACGAAAUGGACUAACGAGAAAGGAUUCCAACGUCCCAAUCUGUGAUGCAUAUAUAGCAUUCAGUCCUUUGUAUCAUUAUUAUCAUUAUGCCUAUACACUUAUCACCUUCUCCCAUGGCUGAGAAGCUGACUGAUUGAUACACAGUGUUCGUAUCGCUGACUCAUAUGUACUACGGAGCUGGAAAAUAAUGAGUAUCUCGAACGUAUAUCAUAUAUGGAACGCAGCGAGAUCUAUUUUAACAUAUUUUUAACAUUGUGGAAAUGUCUUUGGAUUUAUUCUUCACAUUUAUUUUAUCAUUGUCACACAGAAGAUUAGGACUGUUAAUAAACUG